AUGUCAGCGAUGAUUGUAACACGACGUAGUGCGAGGGUUGCUGCUCUGCGCGGUCCUCGGAUUUCUGCAGAUGAGUCUGUGGUCCAAGAGUCGAUUUCUGUACAGCCAGAGGUGGAACAGGAGCUUCAAGAAAAAGAAGAACCGAGGCAACCAGCGAGGAAAAGGAAGACGAAAACUGCUUCGAGACAUGGCGAUGAGGCAUACGAAGACGAGCAGCCCAAACCCAACAAGAGGAAGAGAAAGAAACAAAUACCCGAGCGACGAAUCCGUGUUCUGCUCUCGGACGUGCAGAAGAACGGGGUCGAAUGGCUCAAGGAGUUGGGCCGAAAGAACGUCCAAGACUUGCUCACUGUGAUACAAUGGAACGAAGACCACCACAUCCGAUUUUUCAGACUAUCAUCUGAAAUGUUCCCGUUCGCCUCGCACGCAACCUACGGAUACACCCUUGACUACUGCGCAGACCUCCUCGCACAAGCAGGAGCGCUAGCCAAUAAAUACGGGCACAGGUUAACAACCCACCCAGGACAAUACACCCAGCUCGGGAGCAACAAGCCCGCGGUCAUCGAGGCGGCAGUCCGUGAACUGACCUAUCACUGCCAAAUGCUCGACUUGAUGGGUAUUGGUCCAGACGGCGUCAUGAUUGUACACGGGGGUGGGACGUAUGAAGACAAAGCUGCUGCCCUACAGCGUAUCAAACAUACCAUCAAGAACCUUUUGCCUCAUAACGUGCGACAGAGGCUCGUGCUGGAGAACGACGAGAUGUGCUACAACGCAGACGAUCUUCUCCCGCUAUGCGAAGAACUUGAUGUACCUCUCGUAUUCGACUACCAUCACGACCUCCUCUUCCCAUCCUCAAUCCCACCAGCAGAAGUCAUCAAACGCGCAAACUCCAUCUUUGCGCGCCGUGGCAUUCGCCCAAAGCAGCAUUUGAGCGAGCCUAGGCCAGGAGCAGUGACACUGAUGGAAAGACGAGCUCAUGCCGACAGAUGUUCCAAGCUUCCUGACGAUCUGCCAGACGACAUGGAGGAUGAAUUUGUGGCCACGUCGUUUAUGAUUAUGUUCUUUUUCAAGGCAAAGGACAAGGAACAGGCUGUGUUUGAAUUUUAUAGGAUAUAUGACUUGCAUCCUGUCAAACAUGAAUCUCUGCGCCCACCAGCAACGAAUCAGACGAAGGAGACCAAAGGGCGGAAGUCGAACAAGCGCGCAAAGCAAUCUAAGGUGGAUGCCCCAGAGAAUGGCGAUAGUGAAGACGCUGCCGAGUGA